AUGACCACUGCUCAAAGUAAUUUUUCAGACUUUGCUGAAAACAAAACUAUUUUUGUUAGUGGAUUAUCACUUAAUGUUACAGAGUCAGUCUUAUAUGGAACAGUUUUAAAAGAAUUCCCAAACCAGGUUUUAAAUGUCCAUAUUAAUAAAGAUAAUUCACAUGAUACUUCUAUUGCUUAUAUCAAUAUGAACACACAUGAUUCUGCUGCACAAGCUAUUAGUAAAUUAAAUGGAACUAUAAUUGAAGGAAGAAAAGUUAAUAUGUUCUGGUCACUUAGAGAUUAUAAGCUUAGAACACAAUCAGAAACUAAUUUAUAUGUUAAAGGAAUUAAGAAAGAAAUUGGACAACAAAAAAUGCAAGAAGUAUUUGAUAAAUAUGGAAAUACUUUAUCAGUUAAAUUAAGUACUAAUGAAAAGAAUGAAUCAAAUGGAUUUGGAUAUGUUAAAUAUUGUACUGUUGAUGAAUGUAAAAAGGUUAUUGCUGCUAAAGAAGAAAUUAGUAAAGAAAUUGGAGACGCAUCAUUUGAUAUUGUUAAAUUUGAAAAACAAAAUAAGAGCCUUAAAACAAAUAUUUAUAUUGGAAAUAUUGAUGCUACUGUUACUGAAGAACAAUUCCUUAAAUAUUUUGAAACAUUUGGUCCAAUUAGAAAAGACGCUAGUGGUAAAUUAGCAUAUAAAAUUGUUCUUGAUCAAGCUCACCAAAAGAAUAAAGGAUUUGUUAAUUAUGAAAAUGUUGAAGACGCUCAAAAAGCUAUUAGUUCUCCAAAGACAGGAGUUCUUGGAUCAGGAGAAAUUCUUAUUGAUUAUUAUAAGUCUAAAGAAGAAAGAAAAAAAGAAUGGAGAAAUGCUUUAUUUGAAAUCAAGAAUAAUGUUGCUGGAAGAUAUAAAGAUUUUAAUUUGUAUAUCAAUACUGGAAAGAAUCAUACCACUAGUGAUGCUGAGAUUAGGGAGAAGCUCGGUUCUUGUGGUGAAAUUUACAGUUUACAAGUUAAGUAUUAUAAUAAACAACCAACUGAAGUUGCUUAUUGUUGUUUCAAAGAUGCUCAAGGUGCUCAAAAUGCUUUAGCUAAAGCUAGUGAAUUAGGAUGGACUAUUAACAAAUUCAUGACCAAACAAGAGAAGUUCAUUUCUCAAAAUAUGUAUGCACAAACUGCAUAUCCAAUUAACUUCCUUAACUUCUUUCAAAUGUUCAAUCCAAAUGUUAUUGUCCCACAACAUCCACAAAAUCAAAACAAAGAAAAAGAUCAUCGUAAGAAGUCUACAAGAGAAGAAUCAAGAAAACCAAAACCAAUUGCUGAAAAACAACCUAAAGUUGAAAAAGCACCAAUUAUUAAUGAGGAUAUGAAGAAUGAACUUGGUGAUCAACUUUAUGAUUAUAUCUUAAGUCUUGGACUUUAUGAUGAAGACCUUACUGGUAGAAUUACUGGUGUUCUUCUUGAGUCUAUUGAAUAUGCUGAUCUUAAGAAGAAGAUUGAUACUAAAUCUCCAGAAUUGACUGUCAUCAUUAAAGAAAUCGUUGAAAAUUUGAAGAAGAUUCAAAAUUAA